AUGGUCAUUAGCACUGAUGCGGUCAUCGGUUCAGACAAACAAAAGGCAGCGUUAUGGAUUCGAAUUCAAAAAAGUUUUGAGCAACACGUUAAUGGUGCUGGUACACCUAAAAGAAAUCAUAUCGCCUGCUUGAAUCGUUGGUCCAUUAUGCAACAAAUAAUUACCAAAUUUUCUGGAUGCAUGGCCCAGAUCGAAAGGAAUUACCUCAGUGGACAAGACAAUGAGUACAAGAUGACAGCAGCGAAAGAGUUGUUUGCUCGUCAAAAUAACACAAAAUUUAAGUUUGACAGUUGUUGGAACAAUUUGAAGAGCAACAAUAAGUGGCAUUUACAUACAACGACACCAAGUUCGGUUGAAGGAUCGGCGCACAUAAGCGAAAAUGAUCCGAUGAAUAUUGAAGAAUGUCAUCGACCAGAAGGACAAAAAGCAGCGAAGCAGAGGCGAAAUAAGGAUAAAAGAUAA